AUGUCCGCGGGAACGAUCGUAAUAGCGGGAGGAAUUCUUGCCGGAGUCAUACUGCUCUGCAUUGUUGCAGUACUCUGUUACUGCCGACUACAGUAUUACUGCUGCAAGAAGAAUGAGCGUGAUGCAAGCUCCGCCCCGGCGCUAUCGCCCGCCCCACCUUUGGAGACGCUUUCCGACCCACUCUCCCACUUCCCGUGUGACACGUGCGACGCGCUGGCCAACGACAGCGCUGCCGUGGCACCGGUCUCUUUGGCUGCCGGCACCCCAUGCCGCGCCUGCUCGCCGUACACUCGCCGCGCUGCCCCUCAGAUGCUUAACGGCGGCGAGCGUCUGGGCUUCCACACCUACUACGAGACCUCGCUACCUUUGGGCAACGUGUUCCCGGCCACCCCGCCGAGGCCCUACAGCACCGAAGUGUGA